AUGCCGCCAAGACCUCCUCGAUUUUACCGACCGUCACAAUUUGCAUUGACUUUGCACAACAUUAACUAUUAUAGCUACCCUAUAAUAGUGGUGCUUGGCUCCAUUGGAAACAUACUGGCCUAUCUUAUUUUCACCAAAACGCGACUGAAACAAGUGUCUUCUGCUCGAUUUUUAGCCGCUAUAGCCGUCACAGACACAGGAUUUCUUUGGACGUUCUUUCUUACAGUAUUACAGAUGUAUUAUCGACAAAAUCUACUGACUUAUGUUGGUGUUUGUCAGCUUGUCAUGUUUCUGAAUUGUGGAUUUACAUUUUUAAGCAUUUGGUAUAUGGUGGCUUUAGUUGUGGACCGAUUCAUAGCCUUAUAUUUUCCAAUUUUAAAACCUUCAAUGUGCACUGUGUUCAGAGCUAAACUGGUGAUCGUGGGCAUGGGAGCUUUAGCGGUUGUCUGUUAUUCUUACAUUACUUACUUU